AUGGGGUUGAGAAAAAUCUCCAUGCUUGCAGUUGUAUGGUUUGCCCUUCUUGUGCGUUCCAAUGCUGAAGAACAAGAGUCGGAGCAAGAGAGGCGGCCUAUUAAGACCUUUAAGACAAACUAUGGAGAGAUCAUUGAUUGUAUCAACAUAUAUAAACAACCAGCGUUUGACCACCCUUUACUGAAAGAUCAUAAGCUUCAGUUCGCUUUUCUGGACCUGCUAUCUGCCGGUAGUCCUAUGUACGGAGCAAAAGCAUUCAUUGAUAAUUACAUUCCAAGGUGUGAAAAUGGACAAUAUAGUGGAGCUCAGAUGUGGAUCUUCACCGAGCUUGAUAAUCAACCAAACUCGAUAGAAGCUGGAUGGAGGGUGGAUCCAUGUGUGUACAACGACAGUCAGAGUCAUCUCUUUAUUUACUGGAAAUACAGUGGAGCGACGCACACUUCCCAAGGCAUGGCCUUCCCGGCAAUGGGAAGCGGAUACUUUCCGGACAACUCAUACUCGCACGCGUGCUACAUCAGACAGAUUCAGUACCUGCUUCAAUUCCUGAAUGAGUCGCAAGGUUGGAACAUGCCUGAGUAUUGGCGAGCAUCUGCUCACACGAGCUCGAAACAUUGCUAUGGCGUCGCCGUCGACGAUGCCAAUGAUUUCAUGCGCUAUACCUUGUUGUUCGGGGGACCCGGUGGAGCGAAUUGUGGAGUUUAG